UGUUGAGUGACAAAAUUUUUUUUGCUUCUGUGGAAUAUCAAGAACGGAAUAAGUACCAGGUUAUGUAAUCGAAAAACAUUUGAAUUUUGGAAAAAUUCCCCUUAAUUCUGCUGCCCAUAUGCUAUUGGUUUGUGAAUGAUUCAAAAGCUAACGUCAGAAAACUAGGAAAAAUGCCCCUCCCGGGUAAAGCGAAAGAUACUCAGCCAGCGAAAAAGACUGGAAUCAUUUCUGGCGUACUGAAGAAAUUCCACGCUACCAAGAACUCCAGCUCAAAAUCCUCCAAGAAAAAAGCGAAAUCAUCCGACCGACCGCCAUCCAAUCCGAAAUUGGAUAGCCAGUUGAAUCCCGCCGCCGAAGAAAUCAUCACACUGUCGUCGGGCAGCGAGGACUCCGGCGUACGUCGCAGUUCGUCGCCCGAAGACAGCCAGUGUCUCGAUCGCAUCAGUGAUGUACAGGCGCCUUAUUUCGCCCGGAAAAAACCCUUGGCUAAAAAGGAGCUCAACAGCCAGGGCCAGUCGGAUUCGGAUUUAUCCGAAGGGGAGAUACGGGAUGGAGACUCGGGGAGGCUGGCGGUGGAGGAUGAAAAGCCAAAGAAGCAAAAACCAUUGGCGAAACGGCCCGUUAACGCAACCAAGGCAGAUGCACCACGCAAGACGGAGAAAUCCAGAGCCGACACCGAUACUGGUAAAACCAAAGCGGGCGAGAAAGGAACAAGUGGUAGCCAAGUGGCCAAGGUGUCUUCUAAGCCAAAGUUGGAGUCGAAAAACAAAUCACUUGGUGAGAACAACGGGCAGCGUGAUCAAGAAAGUUCUUCCGUUUCUGUUAGCCCUGGUCCUUCGAAAACGGGUGGGAAUUUUGUGAAUGGAAUUACCACGAAAGACGAUAUAUCUCAGAAAAAGAACGGACCAGCGACUGCCGAAUCGGUUCCCUUAAUCCAAGUGUCAUUUCUGAAUUCCUACCUGAAAACGAAAUACGAUUCUACAUUUCGCAAGCUUAUUGAAGGAAUUAUCGCGCGCGAGCAAGCUAAUUUGACGGAGAUUUAUGCUGCUGGGGCCGAGAAUGAGGCAGUGGAUGUUGUUUACCAUGAUUGUUUCGAAAUCGACACGAAUCUUGCCGGCAGUGACGAUGAAUCGUCCGACGAAGAAGGCGACCCAUUCGGUCUUGAUAUGGCAAACAUGGUUUCGCUCGCUUUACCGGAGGUUGCUAAUGCGGAAGUGCCUACCGCCCAGGAACUAGCCGUUACCAAAAAAAAGUCAGGUUGCUUUAACUGCGGUGGAAACCACAACCUGUAUGAUUGCACGGAGCCGCUUGAUCAUGCUCAGAUCAACAAGCGCAAACAGGAAUUCUUCAACUCUGCCCCCAUGGCCGGAUCAAAUCGCUAUCAUGAGAAUGUUCCGGAUGAAGAUCGUGUUCGCCCCAGCGAUUUCCCCGACUGUGGGCCGGGUAAAAUAAGUGCGGAUUUGCAGAGUGCUCUAGGUUUAGACCGGAAAGAAGUGCCGCCGUGGAUUCUGCGGAUGCGCAGCUGUGGUUUUCCGCCCGGAUACAUCCGCAGUUGUGUCGUCGAGAAAUCGGGCUUGGAUUUCAUUCAUGAAGUCGAUGACGUUGCCGCUGAAGAAGAAGGAGUUAAGUUCGAUUUCUCGAAAUUGCCAUCUUAUCCCGGAUUUUCCGCACCUUUUACCCGGGAAGUACAAAGAGGACCUUUCUUUCGCCACUACGAAGAACCGUUGCUCCUACAGUCCAAUGACACCGUGAUCCGUCUCCUGCAGAGCGUGGUAAGUGUCUGGAUAGAAGUUCCGUGCAGUCGCAAUGGUUUUUGUCACCAGGCACCCGCACCAUCCGGCCAGCCACGCUCCCCGUCCCCGGAGGUGGCGGAUAUGGACAUGUCCGACGAGGAAACCAGCACCCGUCACCAGCCGACCUUCGUCUGCCCCUCGGUUAUCCCCGCAUCACCGGACGCAUCUCCCAGCAAAGAGAUCGUCAGUCUGGGCAGUGGUGACAGCAGUCGUUACGCGUCCCAGGAGAGUCUAUCAUCCAUUCAGGGUUUGGAAGUGUACGAUGUGGCCCGCAACGGCGGCAUGGUGGGUGUCAGUCAGCAGGUGUCUUUUGAAAUUGUGGAAACACUGACACCGGUGACGACGCACCAGCCCCAUGAAGCCCGUGUCCUUAAGUCGACAUCGAUGAUGUUCCUGAACAGUGUGGUCAAAUCAGCCGAUCUGCCGCAUUUGGAUAGUUUUGCCGCCGGUGUACCGUUGUUUGUGCACGAUGAAAGUCCGAGCACGGGGCGGUAUCAUAAUAUCCGCAAUACACUGGCGGAAACCAGGAAGCGUAAACGCGACACGAAUAAGUUUGAAUGAGUAUAAUUUGUCAUGUCCUCACUGUACUGCAGGUAAGUGGAGGAGCAGCCAGGCAUCAGAUUUUGUGGCACAACUUGUAAAUGAAUUGUUGUAAUACGGUCGACACUUUUCGUCCACUUGGUAAAUGGUUUUGGCGGGGAACCUAAUCUUUAACUGACCUAAUAAUGGGUAUUUGCUAUUUGGUGAGCCUUUAAAUGUAUUUGGAGCAAAUUCUUUUGUUUUAUCCGAAAGAUUUAAUAACAUUGGUUUUGAAAUGGUUUUCAUACUAAAUAUUGUAUUGAUGUCAUGAUUGUGCCACAAAAGCUUGGAACUGAAAUAAAAAGUGAUUUCCAGGGAAUUUGGAUUGUUGUGCGUUU